CGCCUGACAAUUGUCACCGGAGCUAAACUUGUGCGUUGGUCGAACAGAGAAUGGCACGGCUUAUACGGUCUCUAAGGCAAUGGCCUCCAUUACAGCUGCAGCUGCAGCAGUUGCAGUACCACUGCUCCUCUCGGGUACUAACAUUAUCAACUAAACCCUCUUCCCAUUGUUUCUAUUUCGCCACUUCAACUUCAUCCCGUGGGAACGCUCGUCACCGUCCACGCGGAAUCAGAUUAUCCAAUGCCCAAUCUCCAUCUAAUGUCCAAGAAAGCGAAACCAGCGACGACUUGGAAUCCGACGUAAAGAAGAGCCGCAACCAGAAGAAGCGCGAGGCUCGUCGCGCCGUCCGUUGGAGCAUGGACCUUGCUUCCUUCUCCACCCCUCAAAUCAAACGUAUCCUCAGAGUGGCUUCUCUCGAACAAGAUGUUUUCGAUGCUUUAAUAUUAGUUAAGGUAUUUAAGAAAUUGCAAAAUUUUAUAAUUUGAAACGCUUGUGUUGAUUCGUUGCAAAAUAUGUUAUUGAACACAAGGUAUUUGUAU